AUGGCUACCAUGAACACCAAGCAGUAUUUACCCGAGAAGGACUAUCGGCUGCCAGAUAUAGAUGUGCUGACUAUGAUAUUUGACUCUCCGCUGUCAUGGACAAAUGAGGCUACCAUCCUACAUGCUGAAGCAGCAGAUCCUUCUAACAAGCUCACGAAAGCCGAGUGUCGCGUGCUCACCAAGCGCCUCUCUCAUACUUUCCGACACGAAUUUGGUAUAGGCGCAGAUGGUCCAGACAAGGAUGUGGUAGUGUGUAUAUCGUCCGGCCAAAUCAUUCUUGCACCUCUCUUUUAUGGUGUGGUAGGCGCGGGAGGCAUUUACAGUGCUGCCUCAAGCGCGUUCCAGCCGUCAGAACUUACCAGGCAGUUGAAGCAGGGAAGAAGCACGCUUCUACUGGCAAGUGUCGAUGCGAAAGACGUUGCGAUUGCUGCUGCAAAGCAAUGCGAUAUACCUCUUUCUCGAGUGCUGAUCUUUGACUCGAUGGGCCAUAAGAGGGAACUGAUGCCCGCCGAUGGCAAGAAAGUCAAUUACCUGGAUAACAGGAAAGAAAUGUCCUGGCCCAAGAUCACCGAUCCGGAGAAGCUGAAAACAAGUCGGGCAUGUCUUCUUUACAGCUCUGGUACGACUGGUCCGCCCAAAGGUGUUAUAGUUUCUCAUCUAAAUAUUGUUGCUGAGGGACUCUUGCCUCAAUUUCUGAUUAGGGAAUACUUUGUUCGAAGACGACUAAAAGAACCAAACUACAAGUUCGAAUACCGCACUCUAGCACAUCUUCCAGCUGCACACAUUGCCGGCUUGCAAGGAUAUCUUGUGAACCCUGCAAUAGCUGGAGGUCCAGUUUACUGGAUGCCGAAAUUUGAUUUCGUGAAAUUUCUAGAAUACAACAAGAAGUUUCGGAUAACGACGUUCUUCACGGUCCCGCCAAUCUAUCUGCUGAUCGCGAAAAGUCCACUGGUAAGGGACCAGUUCGCUAGUAUGGAGCAUGCCAUUAGUGGUGCCGCACCUAUGGGAAGAGAGCUGCAGCAAGCUGUGCAACAGAAAAUGGGUUGCUAUGUCUCUCAGACUUGGGGACUGUCCGAGACCACUGGUAGCGUGACGCUGAUGAAGUGGGACGAGAACGAUUUGACAGGAUCUGUGAGCAAGGUACUACCGAAUCAACGUCUGAGAAUUGUAGAUGACGACGAGAACGAUGUAGAGGAAGGUCAGGAGGGAGAGCUACUAGCGCAGGGACCUGUGGUUACGCAGGGUUAUUUUGACAAUGAAAAUGCUACUAAGGAGUCUUUUACACGAGAUGGGUUAUGGUACAAAACUGGCGACAUCGGCGUAAGGAGGGCGAACGGACUUUUCUAUGUUGUCGAUCGGAAGAAGGAGCUGAUCAAAUACAAGGGGUUGCAAGUCGCUCCAGCCGAGCUCGAAGCCUAUCUAAUAGCUCACUCGAAGAUCCUGGAUGCUGCAGUUAUUGGUGUGCCUGCUCCUGAUGGUUCUGGCAACGAAUUGCCGCGUGCUUAUGUUGUUGCCGAUAAGAACGUGAUCAAUGAGGACCAGAUCAAGGAAUAUGUCAAGAAAGAGCUAGCAAGUCACAAGCAGUUGCGAGGAGGCGUAAUAUACCUGGACGCUAUCCCGAAGAGUCCUUCUGGCAAGAUCUUGCGGAGGGAGUUGAGGGAAAUGGCGAAGAAGGAGAAUCGUACGACUGGAGCGAAGCUGUAA